AUGGAUGGGCAGUCUCCUUCCCCCCAACCCCAGCCCAAGGGGAUUGCUGGCUCAGACGGCUCAGCUAUGCCCUACAUCUUGGAGCAUUACAUGAUGAACCCCACCUCAUACGAGAUUCCUCUUCGCAGUCUCUAUGCUCUCAACUGUCAGACACUCCCUCUGACAGCUGGUCCAAAAAAAUUCAAGGAGUCCAGCUUUGCAAACCCUCCCAUGCAGAACUCGACCCUACCCCUCGCUGAUGCUGCGUCCCAGUUCAAGGCACAGCUAAUCUCGCACAUCUCCAAGGGUCCCCACCAAUACAAUCUCCCUGUGGGAUUCACCAUGUCUUUUGUGCGCCGUGUCUUUACUGAAAACUUGGAGCAUGUCGACUUCCCACAGGCAUUAACCGCCUUGGACUAUUUGAAAAACCUCGAGUCUCGUCGCAAGAAGGACAUUCUAGCGGCUUUCGAGAGCUUGGGCGUCGAAUGGAGCAUUUCCCCAUCCAAGACUAUUCGAGUUUUCGAGGUUCACAAACAAGAUUUGAAAGAGAAAUAUCCUGGUGCUGUGCGCUGGAUUGAGUUGAUUGAAGCGAAGGAACGUGAAGCUGUCUCUAUCUACAAGAAGAUGUGCCUAAGCCUACGUCGCUGGAUUCUGAUCAACGAGCUGUGGCUGGAGCCAUUCAACAAAGUCGCCUGCAUGUCUAUGUUGAACACAUUGUUCACUUUUCAAGUGGACGGUGCCAAAGCUCCUAAACCAGAGUGGGACUAUGAGGACAAGGUUGAGACUGCACGCCAGCGCCAGUACUUCUUUGAAUAUAUUAGAAAUCUUGAACGAAAUGGCAAAGUAGCUCUCGAAAGUCUUUUGAAGUCAGGAGCUCGUCCUGGCGAUGAGACUGCAUGGCCUAUGGUGCGCGGAUUUUUGGAGAAAUACCUCAACCUGGCUAAUGACACGAUUAAUGAAUGUACUCGAGUCAGAGAUCGCGACUACCUCGAGGCUGAAAUACGCAGCAAGACUCACAAGCGCAGUGCCGACUCUGGAGUUAGUUUCACCUCUGCAAUGAACGAGUCCUUCUCUUCUGAAGACAGCCGUGCUGCAACACCAUCCGAGAAGUCCCGUUCUCCGACCCCGGACAGCAAGCCAAGCAAAUCCACUCUCGAAAGGAUCAGCCAUCAGCUUCGCAAGAUCCGUUCUCGCCCAGAUAUCAAGGAAACAGCAAAGACCAAGCCGAUGUUGUCUAAGAAGAAAUCCCUAACCGCUCUGGUCAGCGGACGAUCAACCAGCAGUUCUAGCAGCGAGACCUAUUUUAACGUGGAUGAGAUGAAGCGCCAGAAGAUGAUUUGGGAAGCCAAGGAGAGAAAGAAAGCUCAAGCUGAAGCUGCUCGAGCUACUGAGGACGUGGGCUAUGCGGUGUGA